AUUAAAAAAAAAAAAAAACUCACUGGAUGUUUUAGUGUCAUCAUUGCCACAGGGGUGGCACAGUGUUCCUGGGUCUUCACGGAAUUCUGCAUCUACGGCUUCUGCUUCAGCAGCUUCCUCUGUGCCAACUAUAAGAAAGAAGUGGAAUUCUCCUUUAUCAUCUGAAGUACCUCGAAGCAAACUUCCAUCAUAUAAAUCAUCAAAUUUAAGGUUACAAAAUGGUUAUUCAAGCAGUACAGCUACUUCAAGGAUCUCAAAGUCAUCUUGUACUGCUCCUCAAAGUCAGUUGCCAUCAUGUCCUCCAAAACCAUCUCCUAUUAAAGAAUAUCAGAGUGAAAUAAUAAAAUUAAAAAAGGAAUUAGCUACCAUGAAAGCGGAGAAUUCCAUUUUGAAAGCCAAAGUUCGAAGAGUGGAUGAUGAAAAUGUUCAGAAAACAAAGCAAAUUGAAAAAUUAAGGGUAGAAUUAAAAGCAUUGCAAAAGAAUGAAUCUGCAAGUAAUAAGAAAAGUAAAGAAUCUGAACUGCUUCUGCUUCGCCAAAAGUGUCUUCGGUUAGAAGGGGCAUUGAAAGAAAAAGAGCUUGCUUUAAAGAGGUUCACUAAUGUUGUGUCUUUGAAAACUGGAGAAUGUGGUGAUACUGAUAAAACAUUCCACAAAGAGAAUGAAGAAGAUAUUGGUUCAAAAGCCCAGAAAGUCCAAGAAACUAAGGUUACUGAAAAAUCUUCAGCAGCUCAAACUAGUAUUUCAAGAACUAGUCAUUCAAUAAAAACUGAAGUUGCAAAACUGAGAGAUAUGAUUCAUAAAUUAGAGAAAGAAAAUCAAGAAUUACAACAGCAAGCCAAAGUGAAUGGACAAGAAGUUAGAAGGUUGAAGAUGCAAUUGAAAAAUAAAGAUCGUUUCUUAAGUCAACAGGCUUCCAUUCCUAAACAUUCUGUGCAAAAUGAACCUUUAAAAACUGAAGUGAUAAAAACUGUGCCAAAUACUACAAAAACAUUAAAGGAAACUUCCACUAGUUUGAAAUUUGUAAAAGCUCCUGUGGGCAAGAAACCACUUCCUCAAAAUGUUUCUAAGACAUUUUCAAAAGUUGAAAAGUCAGCAUUAAAGCGAAAUUCUGAAAAACAGGAUGCUUUAAAAAAUGAAAAAAGUACUGUGCCAUCAGUAGGAGCAAAGAAUUUUGCUUCUAAAAAACAGGUUAGGAAGGUUUCAAAAUUACCUGUUACAAAAACAGGCUCAACUUUUGUUGUGACAAAGCCUAUUGUGCACAAAUCAUCUCUUAAACAAAAUCAGCAAUCACAUAUUCCUGUAGAAAUAAACGUGGAAGAAAAAAUCCAAGAAAUGAGAGAAAAUUUUGCUGCCAAGAAAAUACAAAGAAGUUGGCGUAACCAUCAAAAACGUAACUUGGCGAGAAGUGGAUUUCAAAAUGUGGAGAAGGCUAUGGCUUUUAUUGUCUCUUCAAUGAAACACCACAGGCAACUGAAAGAAAAAUUAAACUUGCUAAUUAAAACCAGAAAUCUUCUGAAUACAAUGCAGAAGAAUGACAAUGAUGACAUAGUCCAUGCAGUGCAACUUACAGUAAAGAAAGUUUGGGAGAAAGAAUGAAGUAUUUACAAACUAAAAUUUUUGUUAGCCUCAUUUUAAAAACUAUUUAUUCAGUAGAUUUCGUCUAUUUAAGAGUAUUUUUUUAUGUAAAGAACUCAAUGUGUACUUAUUAUCUAAUUUUGGAAACUAGUCUUCUUCAUAAAUAUAAUUUCAUACAUCAUACAUUAACAAGCUAAUUAUAUCUAAAAAUUAAUAGCUCAUUAUAUUUAAGAAUAAAAUAAAUAUUCAAAAUAACCAUUUCACAUAUAACUGCUCAUAGGUACAUGAGGUUAUAGAACUUGAAUAUUCAGUGACAGUAUACAAUUAAGUUAGGAAAAGCAGUUAAGAAAUUUUUAAUGACAAAAAAUGUAUGUACACAAGAGUGUUUUAAUAUGCAUUUGUAGAAAGUAAUUAAGCAGAAUUCAAUUUUUGUGAUGAUAGAUAUGUUUUAAAAAUUCACACAUCCACAUAUAUAUAUUUUAACUCCAAUUUUGUUUUCAUCUAGAAAACAAGUCAACCUAAAAUUAGUACAAAUAAACAUCAAAUCCAUUGCUAAUUGCAGUUUCAUUGAAAUUCUGCAAUUUGAUCAUGUUUUAUCGAAUUGUUACUGUUCACGGAAUUUCUCCAUUUGUUUACUAUUAUACCGCACAAAAUUAUCAUCCUUUUAAUAAUCUCAUGAGCCAAAAAGUGUUAAUUUACUGCAUCCAAAGUGAUUUUUAAUCCACACAGUUAUUGUCAUUUGUUAAGCUGUUAUAUUGCAUAAGUGAUAUUCACAUCUAGCACGGUUCUCUCCCUCCCAAUGUUUAUUUUCUCAAAGGUUGGUAAUCUGUUAAAAUAUUGAUAGUGUGUAUAUUAAAAACUUUAAUCUUUAUCAUUGCUGACUAAAAUCAUGUACUGUACUAUCAUGCUACGAGUCAGAACAACUUGUUUUGAUCCUUUUUAGCAUACUUUAAGAAAUUUAUGCUAGACUAAGUGGCAUAUUUAAAUAAAUCAGUUAUUCCUUAUUAAGAAAAGAAAGAAUAAAUCUGAAAAUAAUUAGUGAACAAUAUAAAAAUUCCACAUUUACAUAAGACUGUUUUUUCCUAUAUAUCUGUGAAAUAUGACUUUUUCGCAAUAUUUUUAACAUUCUCUUGAAUUAACAUUAUCUUAUGAAAAUUUAGAUUGAAAAUUUAAGUUUAAAAUCUUUAUUAUUAGUUUAAAAUCUUUAUUAUUAGGAAUACAACACUAGGUCAGCAAUAUAACAGUGUAUUUCAAAAAUUCCAUUGUGGUUUAAAUAUUUAGUGCUGACUUCAAAACUGUGUAACAUCAUUCUGGAAAUGUCCCCCCCCCUUUAUUUUCCUUUAUAAAUGUUGUCAUUAAAAAGAACUGAAUUGAGCUUAUUUUAAGUCAGCAUUUUAUAAAAUACUUGUUUUUUCUUUUCGUAUUGAGAUGAAUAUUUAAAAUUUAUACCUGUGUGCCAAAUUGUUGAGAAUUGCAUGUAUAUAACCUAUUAUCUAUUUUAUAUGUAUUUUAUAUGUAUUUUAAUUGUUGGUUAUGGAAAUUUAGUUUUUAAGCAUAUUUCAAUUUAAACAUCCUACUGCUCUUAAAUGUCUCCAAUAGCUGAACUGUAUACUUUUAUUUCUUCCUACUAUAACAUAUCAUUAUGUCAGUUUUUCAGCAAAAUCUUAGGAUUACUGUUUUUAGGCAGUUGUGUUGCAUAUGUGUUCUUUUAAAUACUUUGUAGUCUCAAUUCAACUUAAAUUUUUUCAGUGUACUGAAUUUUAAAGUGAAAAAUAUUUAAUAUGCUAAAUUUAACUGCUCAACAUUCAAUAUAUUACAUACUUGUUCUCCAUUUAAUUUGAAGAAAAUAUAUUUCUGUAUAUUCUUGUUAAUUAUAUAAUUUGUUAUUGUAUAAAACUAGUCUAAAUAAUAAAAAUAUAUGAAACUAAAAAAAAA